AUGUUACUGAUUAGGACAGACACGUACCGUUCAACAACUGUAAGCUCCACAGAUGAUCACGUACUCAAUGGAUACACCAUUCACAAACAGCGCACUUAUGACUUCCUGUCAUGCGCACAAUCAUGUUUGGCACGCCCAAACUGUAUGUCUUUUAAUUACGAAAACCUCGAAAAUGGAGUUUGUGAGUUGAACAGAGAUGCAACGGAUGGCAGCGUUCUAGUGGCUCUCACUACUCGAACAGGAUAUACCUUUGGACAGUUUUUGAACAUAAGUGUAAGUAUUGAUUAUUAUUAUGUCAUUCAAAUUGCAAUCAUCGUGCUAAUGGCUUCUUUCCUUUGACAAUAGGACAAUUUUGUACGAUGACGUCAUCUUACUACAACUACCAGAAUCCUUGAGUUUGUUGUUAUCUUGUGCAAAUUAAGGCUAUUGUUCUUUAUGGCGGGAUUGACAAAUUUUCCCUGGUCGUUUUCAAAACAAUUAAACGAUAGAAUGAGCUCCUCCGGGAACUUCUUUGAAAUAGAGGACAAUUUUAAAUUGAAACCGCUUUAUAAAACACCUUAUUGAAAUGGGACAGUGGUUUUAACUAAUUGUACUAUAUCUAUUGUUAUUAUUUUAUUUAAAUAAGAAAAUACAUUGAAAUUUGUGAAUCUUUCCUUUUUAUAAAAUUUAAAAAUUUUUGUACGGACGUUGAUGCGUUGUAAGCUUUAUCAGUUAAUAGGGAAUUAGACCUAGUAGACAGUUUGACAGAAUGCUAUAAAACAAGUAAAUUAAUUAACCGGUAAAUAGAAAAAACGUUAUGAAGAGAUGCCAAACUUCAAGCUAGAUCCAAGGCUAUAUCUUACUCUUGCUUCUACAGCAGGUUGGACAAAUUUUCCGAUUUCCUAUCGGAGCGAGGAAACCUUAUUUCCUGCCUUUCUAAGACAGUCAGAUAUGUCCCCUCAGGUCGUCUUUAAGACGCACUAGCUAUUAAAACAAUAAUAACAAAAAGUAAGAUUCAAUCCGCGUGGGUGAGGGGGAGGGGAAAGGUGGAUUUUAGUCUCUUGUCGCUCGUAAUAUACAGCUAUUUCGAGAAAGGUUGUUGGAAAAAUGUGCACGCGACAAUCCCGAAAGGUAACAUGGGAUAUGAUCUAUACACUGUUUCUGACGACUUUAGCUGUCGAACCUACUUUUGUUGCUUUCUUUUAGCACUCGCAAACACAUUUUCAUGGCCUCUCGUGCCAAUUCUUUCAAAUUUCUUUGAAGAACAGUGAACUCAAAACCACCCACAAUGCCUUUCGGGAUUGUCGCGUGCACUUUUUCGACAACUUUCUCGAAUAGCUGUCUGCUGAUGCAUCAUCCUUUUUGUUCAGUCAUUAUAGAGUGUUUUCACUCACGUGGCAGUGACGUGGCCAGCACAUAUGCAAAUUUAUUGGAACAAAAGAAAGCGUUUGCAAAAGAAAAGAGUUCAACUCCCAGAGGAUUGGUUUGGGACACCAACAUGGCUGCCGUUUCAUUGUUUCGGGACACCAAUAUGGCCUCCGUGACGUCAUGUGAAAACACUGCAUGAAUAGUCUAUUUUUGUUAAUUUUACUUGAGUUCGUCGUCAGUAAUUGCUGCUAAAGCUUCUUUUGUUACAUAGAAUUAAGACAAGAGAAUAGUACGGCGAAUAUGCUAACCUGCGAUCCGUCACUUAGGAUAGCAACUUAUUUGUUCUGUAAAUUGAACUUUCUUUCAAAUUUAUUUUAGGAACCAGUUUUUUCAGCUGAAGGAGGACAA